UUUUAUGGUUGAUAAAUCACAUAUAUUAUAUAUUAGUGAUACUUUGAUUUACCGUAGAUGUUUAAUAAUUUUGGAAACAUUGCAUUUUUGCCCGUUAUGUUUCACCAUCUGUUCUACGGAUUUAUAUUUUCUAAAGUAGUAUUGACGGUGGCUUAGAACGCAGUCGGUCAAUUUAAAUAUCAAAUUAGAACAGAAAGGUGAACUAUUCAUCAAGGAUGUCUUCUGAUGCAUUGUGUAACAGUACUAACAAAUUACAUUAUCUACAAAAGAAAAGCCGUUUUAAGUUGAUGAGGACUUGGUCAUUUCACGGCAAAUCAGCUAAAACAGAACAUGAUCUCAAGAUAGUAUCAACAGGUUCCUUGGAUGGAGACACAAUAGAUGGCUCUAGUAGAAAAAUUCAGCUUUCAGACUCAAUAUUGGACAAUUUUGACUCACCAGAUAAAAAACUAUUUAAGUCAAAUGAAAAAGUCUGUCAGUCUGGAAGCAAGUUGUCCAAACGAGAAUCGCUUAAGGAGAAGAAAAAAAGUUACAGAAGCCAAAAGAAAGAAGUGGCUAGAGAAAUAAUGAACUCAGCAUCUGAUCAGUCAUUUGUUCUUAUGGCUGACUGGUUAAAAGUUCGUGGUACCUUGAAAAGUUGGACUAAACUUUGGUGUGUUUGCAAACCAUCAAUGUUGAUUAUAUACAAGAGUGAAAAAAUGAAAACAGGUCACUGGGUUGGUACAAUUUUGCUGAACACUUGUCAGCUUCUGCAGAGGCCCUCAAAAAAAGAGGGAUUUUGUUUUAAAUUGUUUCAUCCACUGGACCAGUCCAUUUGGGCAACAAAGGGACCAAAAGGAGAAACUAUUGGUGCAUUUGUUCAGCCCUUACCCAUGUCCUAUGCCAUCUUUCGUGCACCAUCUGAGAACCAAGGAAAGUGCUGGAUGGAUGGAUUAGAGCUUGCUUUAAAGUGCACGAGUCUUAUUAAACGUACAACCUCACGACCAAAUGACAUAAGCACUGAUCUGACUGCUGCCUUAGCACCAGACAUACCUCCAACAUUAGCCUCACAUAUGAGCUCUUGUUUGAUUGAUGAUACUGAAGAAACUAUAGAAGAGUCAGAGGAUCUCCUUGAGCACUUUAGUGAUGAUGAUGAUCACUGUAGUACAGGCUUGAGUGAAUCUGACUUUGAAUUGGCUGAGGAAGAAAGCAAACCACAAAGUAUACCUAAAGUUGAAGAAACAGUUUAUGUUUCAAAUGAAGUAGAAGAGCUUGGUCAGCAAGGAGAUGCUUGUCAAACAGAAGAAGUUGAUGACGAAAAUAAAAGUUUAAUUUGGACCUUAGUGAAACAGGUACGUCCGGGUAUGGACCUAUCUAAAGUGGUACUUCCAACCUUUAUACUGGAACCAAGAUCUUUCCUGGAUAAAUUAACAGAUUACUAUUAUCAUGCUGAUAUUUUAUCACAGGCAGUCCAGCAAGAAACUGCUCUUGAAAGAAUGAAAAUGGUAGUCAAGUGGUAUUUGUCAGGAUUCUACAAAAAACCCAAGGGUUUGAAAAAGCCUUAUAAUCCCAUAAUAGGAGAAACAUUUCGUUGCUACUGGGUCCACCCUAAUACCAACAGUAGGACUUUUUAUGUUUCUGAACAGAUAUCCCAUCAUCCACCAAUCUCAGCCUUCCAUGUAACCAACAGGCAUGAUGGUUUCAACAUUAAUGGUUGUAUUUUGGCAAAGUCUAAAUUUUAUGGUAAUUCCAUCUCAGCCAUCUUGGAUGGAGUGGCAACUUUAACAUUUCUUGAACGAGGAGAAGACUAUUAUUUAACAAUGCCCUAUGCUCAUUGCAAAGGUAUAUUGUUGGGAACACUUACCAUGGAAAUGGGUGGAAAAGUAACCAUAGACUGUCCUAAAACUGGCUACCACUGUGAUCUGGAUUUUAAAUUAAAGCCCUUUUUUAGUAAUGGAGAAGCAUCAAAUCGUAUCACUGGACGUAUUAUAAUGGGAGAAGAGGUAUUAUGUACAUUUGAGGGUCAUUGGGACCAGCAGAUUUACAUAAAGGAGCUAACAAACAGGGAAAAAGUUUUGUUUUGGGAUCCAUCCCCUGAAACAAGGAGCAAAAGACUAGUGAGGUAUACUGUACCAAUAGAGCUACAGAGAGAUAAUGAAUCUGAAAGAUUGUGGAAGAAGGUUAGUGAUGCUGUGGUCAUACAAGACAUGCAUGCAGCCACUUCAGAAAAACAUAAGUUGGAAGAGAAACAGCGUAAUGAGGCCAAAGAGCGACAUAGAAACAAAGUAGAAUGGAUACCAAAAUGGUUUAACCUUGACCCUGCUAUAAACAAAUGGAUCUACAAACAUGUGGAUGCUAGACCAUGGGAUCCUAUGACUGACUGUAUUCAGUAUGAGAAGGAUUACAUCAUAAAGACCCAAACAUUUCAUACAGUGCCACAUAUUUGGCCUGCCACAUCUGUCAAAGGUUUCAGUAGACAUUCAAUGCUUGCCACUGAUGACAGCUAUUCAUCUGAUAACAAUGCUGCAGAGUCUGAUGAUGCCAGAUGCAGGAACACAAAUAGAAAGUCAAGUCCCUCUGAUAUACUAAGUGCAUCUGAUGGUAACAAAUCUCACAAGGGUCAUUUUCAAGAAGAAAAUGCUGGUCUCAAGUCCACCCAAAAAACAGACCAUCAUCAAAAAGUAAAUGUGCUUUAUCCAGAAAACAAAGUUUCUUCAACUCCUGAACGAACAAGAAGACAUGGCCCAACUUCUGCUAGUAGGCUCCCAUCUACUGACAACAGGGGGAGCCCCUCUAAAAUAUCAUUUAGGGAGGAUAUGAAAUACACACAGGUAUCUCCUUUGAAAACUUCAGUUGAAAGUGGUGAUACAAUACCUCGGGACUCCAAACCAGGUUCUGUUAGUCCAUCUUUUAGACAUGUCACAACAGACUCGGCUGGACGGACAUCACUUGUCACACAGGAGGUUCACACUUUGGUUAAGAUAGCUAAAAUGCAAGAUGAAAUGCAUGCUGUAUUAAAUGACAUGAUGUCCCGAGUGGUAGACAUCCAAAAAUCUCAGGCUAAGCCCGAGUCUCAACACCUUCCAAUUGAAAGAGAACCAAAUCAAGCCAGUGCUGUAGGAGGUCUUCAGGUUAGAGAAUGGGUUUGUAUGGCUGUCAUUUUGGUCUUCCAGACUUUGCUGCAGUUCUAUUUUUCUCGCUCAAGUUGAGUUGGACUACAUGUUAAGUCUUAAUAAAUUUUGUUAAUAAAUAUUUAGUUUUAAUUGUUACAUUAUUGAGUGCAUUUGUUUUGUGAGAACCAAUGUACAGGGAUGUAUGAUGAACUCAUGAAAAAUACUGGAUCUAGUCAUUAACUGUUAUACAAGGCAAGAAAGGUGUUCAUACUUGUUAUCUGCCAGUGCAAUACUCUGUAACAAAAAGUACUGCUUCAUUUUAAUUUGGCAGGUAUUCUCUGAUGGAAAACAUACAAUUCCUACUUUUGUAUUUAAACUUGUUUUGGAAGUGAAAUAAAAUUGCAAUAAUAUUUCACUUGUUAUAAUUCUCUUGGCAAUUAUUUUUAAUAUUAUUUCUUUAAAGUUUUAAAUAUGUUCCUCCAUGUACUUUAUAUUUUUAUAAGAUUUCUCUCAUUUGAUUUUUAAAAAUGUUUUUUAGUUUUAGGGCAGCUUUCACUCUAAAACAAAGCAUUUUUAUAUUUGAACAAAAAGAACUUAUUCUAAAUUAAACGAAUUAAACACACUUCUUCAAUAGCAUAUUUUCAACAAUUCUGAUUACACAAAAGUAUUUUUCUGUGAAACUUGAGAUAUUUAAAAUACCAUACAUUUACCAAUCCACUUUUGGAAGUUUUUUAUACAGAAGUAAAGUUUGCUCAUCUCUAUCAAAUCUUAAAAGUCAAAAAUGUGGCUAAAUGUUUUUUAUGCUGUAAGAUGAAAUUAGAGUUUGUGAAAAGAAUGGUUGGCAUUUAAAAUUUACUUUUAAAAAUAUUUUGUUGACUGAAAUGCUCCAUAACUUAAAAUGUACUGUGCAUUUGGUUUAAACUGUUCUUUACUUUUUUUUAAUCUGCUAGUUACUUUUAAAAAGAAUCACAUGUUUAGAAAAAACUAGAUUGUGUGUGGUUUUUGUUUUAAGCAUUAAAUCUCCCGUGAAGAUAGUUGGGAAAUGGAUAUAUUAGAUUUUUCCCCCAAAAUAAUUUUUAUUUUAUUUUUCCAAAGAAAGAACUGGAAUUCAUGUUGUCUGUGGUUAUCAAAAAUGCAUUAUCUUUUAUCCUGGGGGUGACAAGUACACUCACAGACAUCCUAAAAUGAAGGUUGAAGUCAAAACAUAUAUUAUUUACUUUAAAUAUUGUCUAUGACCAAUAUUCAUCCUGUUGGCUGUGUUUAAUGAAUUGCAAUAAUAUUGAAUUUAAUGUAAUACUAAAGUUUAUAUUUGUCUCAAUGAAGAAAGUGUGGUAUGCUACAACUCUUGUUAUUGGUCUUGUAAUAAAAACCUGUCAGAAGCCAUAGUUGUAUCCACAUUAUCCUGCUCUAAAUAGGUAGACUACCUUUUGUUAAAUCUUUUGUACAUAUUAAUAGAGAUAUAAACCAAUAUCAGUGAUAAUACCCAUUUAUCAGGCAAAGUAUUUUUUUAAUUUAUUGUAUCAAUAGCAUAUUAAAUUAUUUAUCAUUGCAUUUAUUCAGUUUUUAUAAUGUACUAUUUUGAUGAAGUUCAUAAACUCUAUUCAGUGGGUUUUUUUUUUUAAUUGUUUUAGUACAAAUUAUACCAUUAUUCAUAUUACUGUGUUCCAAGCAAAGAGUAAAAGUAAAAUAAUUAGUCUACACUUUAGAUUCCUAGUUUUUUAAAAUAAUUUUGAGCCUGUAUGACUUUUUGACUAACUAUCAGUAUGCCUCUUCCAAGUAUGUCUAUGACUGUACCCCAUUACCCAAGGAUGCAUGAAUGUUGUUUGCCCUGUUGUUUAUUGCCUCUGCAAAUUUUAUACACAGACAUAUAAGGUCAUAAUUUCUUGAAAAUUAUUAGCUUUAUGCUCAGUUAGCUUUCACUGACUUGCAGUUUCAGUCAAAUAGCUUGAAGUAGAGGUAGACAAGAUCUGUUAUGGUAUGUAGUAUAAUUGUUGCAAUCUGUCUCUUCUUAUUUAUACUUCAUUCCUCAUGCUUGAGUCUAUCAUCAUUAGCAGAAAUUAAGAAAUAAAAUUUCACCAAGUUCUACUAAAUCCAAUAUUAUCCGACUAGAUCCGAUACAAGUGUUAUAAUUCAUGUGAUUUGACUUUCUGUAAUGGGGGGGG